AUGCCUUCAAGUUCACCAAUCUGCAGAACACGACCUUGUCAAGCCCACAACGCCAAGCUGAUUAGUUGUGGAAUCUCAGGCUGUCAACAAUGGUUUUAUAACCAAUCUGGCCUCACCAAACACACAAGGACACACCACCUCUCCUUUCUCAAUGCCUUACCACCCCAGAAUCAAGAUUUAUACAAGGACAACAAUGGACAAGAUGGUUUAGAUAGCAAUGUGGAUGUGCAAGAGGAAAAUGUAAUACAGGAUAUAGAUGAUGAGUGGAUGCAUAAUGUAGAGUCUGAUGUAGAUGUAGAGCCUAACAUGGAUGAGGAGCCUGUGCAGGAUGACAACAAGGACCCUCUACAUGAGUACAACAAUAUGCCAGGUGUGGAGGAGUUCAAACAUCACCCACUUAUCAAUGGCUUGCUGUGUGAUGAAUGUAGUAUCUAUCUAUAUGCAGAAGAGCCACCUAAUCCACCACCAAGUCCUUCUAAGAGUGACUGGACACUGUACCAUGACCACAUUGAAUUUGAAACUGCCCAGCUACUGUACCAGAAGACACAGGCCUCUGCUGGGAAUAUAGAUAUACUCAUGAACUUUUGUGCUCAAGACCUUUAUGGAACCAUCAAUCCAACAUUGCUUGGGGAUGUUGCAUGGCAAUCCUUCUCACUAGCCUAUAAUGGCAAGCUCUAA